AUGUCAACAUCACCGGAUCCUAGUCCGGUGAACGGACAUACCUCAUACCCAGACAAUCAACCUCAUACACGCCUAUCCGACGACAAUCAAAGUGAAGAUGAUCUGUCUAACGCCCAAGCCACCGGGGCUGGCGUCACAUCUCCCGAUUCGGCCGAUGCUGUAGGUUCGUCAGACGAGAGCCGCGAGUUUGCCGAGGAAGAACAGCAGGAGGGUUCAGUACCAAGCGACGAUGACGCCUCUGGUGACGGAGACUUUGAUGCUGCUCACAGUCCUGCCUCGGUGCAAAGCAACGAAGUGUCUGACCGUGCCGGGUCAGCAUCGGCCCGCACUGCUGCGAAGCGCAAGGCUACGCAUAUCUUGGAGGACGAGUACAUUAGGGAGAACCCUGAGCUCUAUGGUUUAAGGCGUAGUUCACGUCCCACGCAACGUCGGAAGAUCGUUGAGUCAGAAGACGAAGAGGAAGAGCUCGAGUCUGACGGCACUCCACCUCCUCGGAAGACAAGCAACAAGCGGCGCCGCCUCGAACGCUCUCUGCCCGCCUCCAAGCGUGCAACCCCAGCCCGCCAAACAUCUGCUGACGACUCAGAUUCCGACACUUACGGUGGCGCCAAAGCCCGCAGUCUCUUGAAGAAGGCACGCCGACAACAAGAGUUACAACCUGCCUUGGCAUUAGGCGAGAAGCGAUGGUCCAGCCGCCGUGCUGCGCAAGUUUCCGUCGGCGCCUAUCAAGAAAGCGACGGUGAGGAUGAAGGUGAAGAGGAUGUCACGCCUGGCUACUGGGCUGCGGACGCGGAGGAUAAUUCGCCUUACAUCGAGAAGAUUCUUCGUCACCGUCCCAAAGAAGGGCUUGAGCUCUCACCAAACGCCACUCGACACGACUUCGAGUACUUCAUCAAGUGGCAGGGCAAGUCCCAUCUACAUAACACCUGGGAGACAACCGAGACGGUUGCCGGCUUUCGCGGAUUCCGCCGGCUCGAGAACUACUACAAAAAGAUGGUAGAAUACGAGCUCGACUUGAAGUUUGGUGGUGACGAGAUCAGCCCUGAGCAGCGCGAGCAAUGGUUGUUGGACCGUGAGCGCGAAGAAGAGGCCUUGGAAGACUACACCAAGGUCGAGCGAGUUGUUGCUGUCCGCGAUGGUGGCGACAGCAUGCAGUACUUCGUCAAGUGGAAAGGGCUGCAAUAUGACGACUGCACCUGGGAAGAUGCUUCCCUGAUCAGCAGCCAUGCUCAGGACAAGAUCGACCAGUUCAUUGACCGGUCAUCGCGCUCCUGGCAGUCGGACCGGAAGCAAACUAAUCUCGAAACCCGGUCCAGGAUGACGAAGUUGGAAAAGCAGCCGUCGUACAUCAAAGGAGGAGAGCUCCGUGAAUUCCAAUUGAAGGGUCUCAACUUCCUUGCCCUCAACUGGACACGCGGUAAUAAUGUCAUCCUGGCUGAUGAGAUGGGCUUGGGCAAGACAGUUCAGACUGUCUCUUUCCUCAGCUGGCUCCGCAAUGAGCGUGGUCAAGAAGGGCCCUUCCUGGUUGUCGCGCCUCUUAGCGUCAUCCCAGCGUGGUGUGACACCUUCAACCAUUGGGCCCCGGACAUGAACUAUGUUGUUUAUCUAGGUCCUGAGGCAGCUCGCUCCAAUAUCCGCGAGUACGAGCUCUUCGUCGACGGGAACCCAAAGAAGACAAAGUUCAAUGUUCUCGUCACAUCAUACGACUACAUCCUUGCUGAUGCGGAACAUCUCAAGGGCAUCAAGUGGCAGGUGCUCGCUGUUGACGAAGCACACCGCCUGAAAAACCGCGAGUCCCAACUCUACUACAAGUUGAACAGUUUCGGCGUUCCUUGCAAGAUCCUGAUCACCGGCACGCCGAUUCAAAACAACCUUGCCGAGCUGUCUGCUCUCCUGGACUUCCUCAAUCCGGGCAAAGUCUUGAUCGAUGAAGAGCUCGAGUUGCUCUCCACUGCAGAUAACAAGGAGGUCACCGAUGAGCAGCAGGAUGAGGCCAAGCGGCUGAAGACACAAGAAAAGCUGCGAGACCUCCACGCCGCUAUCGCACCCUUCAUCCUACGCCGCACUAAGGAGACAGUCGAGUCAGACCUACCGCCGAAGACGGAAAAGAUCAUCCGUGUUGAGCUUUCGGAUGUUCAGCUCGAGUACUACAAAAAUAUCCUAACCCGAAACUACGCUGCUCUCAGUGAUGCAAGCAACGGUCAUAAGCAAUCGUUGCUUAACAUCAUGAUGGAGCUCAAGAAAGUCAGCAACCACCCCUACAUGUUUCAGGGCGCCGAAGAGCGGGUUCUUGGCGGCAGCACCCGUCGGGAAGACCAAAUCAAGGGCCUCAUCACAAGCAGUGGGAAGAUGAUGUUGCUUGAUCAGCUUCUUGCCAAGCUCAAGAAGGAUGGCCAUCGGGUGUUGAUCUUCAGCCAGAUGGUCAAAAUGCUUGAUAUCCUGGGUGAUUACCUCCGAGUCCGCGGGUAUCAGUUCCAGCGGCUCGACGGCACGAUACCUGCCGGCCCUCGGCGUAUGGCCAUUAACCAUUUCAAUGCCGAGGACAGUGAUGACUUCUGCUUCCUCUUGUCGACGAGAGCAGGUGGUCUGGGCAUCAACUUGAUGACUGCUGACACGGUCAUCAUCUACGACUCGGACUGGAACCCCCAGGCCGAUCUGCAGGCGAUGGCGCGGGCUCACCGAAUCGGCCAAAAGAAGCCCGUGAAUGUGUAUCGCCUGGUUGCCAAGCAGACCAUUGAGGAGGAAGUGGUCAAACGUGCUCGCAACAAGCUGUUCCUAGAGUAUCUUACCAUCCAGGCCGGUGUCACGGAUGAGGGCAAAGCCCUCCGUGAGCAAUUCAAGGAGCGAGGUUUGAGGAUUGACGAAGCCAAAACCGCGGAGGAUAUCUCCAUGAUCCUCAAGAUGCGCUCUCAGAAUCUGUUCGAGCAGUCCAGUAAUCAGGAGAAGCUUGAGCAGCUCGACAUUGACGCUAUUCUGGAGAACGCCGAAGUCACGAAGACCGACAUUGAUGACAAGAUCAACCUCAGCAGUGGCGGUAUCGACUGGGACAAUUGGAUGCAAGUCACCGAUGUCAAAGUGGACGAACUGGCGCUCGACUGGGACCAAAUCAUCCCCGCGGAGCAGCUUGCCGUCAUCAAGGAGGAGGAAGAAAGGAAGCAGCACGAGGAAUACCUGGCUAAGGCAUUGGAAGAGAAUGCUCCUCGCAAGGCGGCAAUGAAGGGCUCUAAGAAGAAUGCCGAAACCGACCGGGCUGAGCGAUUUGCCAAGAAAAGGCAACGGGAGAAGCAGGAACAGGAGGAGCUGGAAGAACAACGAGCCCUGCUCUCGGAUCCACGCCGUCCCCUCAACGAGAAGGAGACGAGAAACCUCAUCCGGGCAUUUUUCCGCUACGGCUAUUUUGAGGACCGCGAAGAAGAGAUCGUGCACGACGCCCGCCUCAGUGACCGAGACCGGGACUUCCUGAAGUCAAUCGUAGAGGAUCUUGUUGCUGUGAGCCGGCAGGCAGUCGACGCCAACAACGAGAAAGUACGAGAAGAGGAAGAGAGGGCAGGCAAGCCACUUGCAAAGAAAGACAAGAAGGCUGUCCUGGUCGACUUCGGAGAGGUUCGCAAAGUCAACGCGGAGACAGUUGUUGAACGACCACCUCAGCUGAGACUCUUACGUCGUGUCCUCCGAGAGCACGGCGAUCCCCUGUCUUUCAGGUUACCGGACGCCACCAAAUCGGCUCAGUAUUCCUGUGAAUGGGGCGCCCGGGAAGAUGGCAUGUUGCUAGUAGGCAUCGAUAAGUACGGGUUUGGCGCUUGGGCGCAGAUCAGGGAUGACCCCGAGCUGCAAAUGCAGGACAAGUUCUUCUUGGAGGAACACCGCGUGGACAAGAAAGAGGAGCGCCGUAGGACCGACGACAGGGGAAUCCAGUCCCCAGGAGCUGUGCACCUUGUCCGGCGGUCUGAGUAUCUCCUGUCUGUUCUGCUGGCGAAAUACUCCAAUGACGAGAACGCCAAAAAGGCUGUGGAGAACCAUCACCGCAGCAAGAAGCUGUUGACAAACGGUAUCCGCCGCGGAGACGGCAGUUCCGUCUCAGCCUCCCCAGCCCCACCGCUGCAGAAGAAGUCUAGCCAACACCGCGACCGUGAUCAUCAUCGAUCUUACAGCAACGCAAACGAUCGCGGUACGCCCAGGCCAGACAAGCGGAAGUACAACGAUGAAUACGACGACCGCACAUUGAAGCAUCGGCGGGUGGAAGCUGAUGCUAAGAACGAAAAGAAGUCCAAGGAGAAGGAGAGGCCGAAGAUGGAUCCAGAAACCAUGGAGAGAUACAAGCGCGAGAGGCAGAAGGCAGUCGAGCGCUUCCAUGAACUUGCCAAGCUUCGUGAUGACGAGAUCGACAACUCUGACAAUGCGCAACUUGUCUGGUCUGUCCUCCGGCCCCUCAAAGCAAACAUGGAACGCAUCAUGUACUCGAAGGAGCGUGUGCCGGCAGCUAAGGAACGGGCCAAAAUCCUGGGUGAGGAGAUUCGCGCCUUUGGGAACUUUUUGAAGGGGCUUCGGGCCCAGAAUGCGACGGAUCUGGACAGCCUGGAACCACAUUUCUGGGAGUUCCUGUCGUCCAUCUGGCCCAUCGGCGAAGUGAAAGUGUCCGGCAAGCGGCUACAGCGGAUGUUCGGCGACCUCGUGGAAAAGGACAAGGCCAAGCGCGAGGAAGAAAAGGCCAACGAACUGAGGCGCGCGAGGAAUCCGGACCUGGAAGAUGGCGAGAUCGCCAGCGACCGCGAGGAACGUCGUCCGCGGGACCCGUACCGCGACGACCGCCGCGAAGAGCGCCGCGAGGAGCGCCGCGAGGAGAGGCGUGAUGACCGCCGGGAUGACCGCCGUGAGGAAACGAAACGGCACAAUUUUUACGAUAACGAUCGUCUAAAUUUCUACCGGCAUCGCAGGCCCGAUAACAGGGGCGCCCCUCUGCGGCACUCUUCGUGGCAGAGCCGCAGCCCCCCCGCCCGCCAUAGCCCUUACUGA